UACUCUCUGACCCCACUGGUUCCAGUUGACCUGACCCAUCACAUCAACAAGAAUGACCUUCACCGAGGCUCAAAAGGAUUGUCUUCGAAUCAUCUGUAGUAAAGCAAGUGCUUCCAGUGAUGUGCUUGGGGCUGAAGCUCUCUUCAGGUUCUUUAAGACCUACCCUGCAGGUAAGACCUAUUUCCCACACAUGGACUUGAGUGCUGGCUCUACUGAUCUCCUUUCUCAUGGUGGGAAGGUGAUGCACGCUAUCGGAAGUGCCAUAGAGAACCUGGAUCACAUUGAAGAGGAGCUGUCCAGCCUCAGUGACCUACAUGCUGAAAGCCUGAAGAUCGAUCCUGGGAACUUUGGGGUUCUGUCUCACAGCAUCCUGGUUGUCCUAGCAAACCACUUCCCUGCUGACUUCACACCCGUCGCUCACGUUGCCUGGGACAAAUUGCUCUGUUUGGUGUCUGCUGUGCUGGUGUCCAAGUACAGAUAAACUUACCGCAGGCUAUUGCUGAAAAUGUGACCUCUGACCUGUGGUCCUGUCAGGCCACCGUCACUUCAUCAACCAAUAAAACUUUACAUACAUCAA